GUCCGCCCUGCCGGCGGGAGCCGCUCGUCCCGGAUUUGAGUCAACUGCCUGGUCAGGAUGAGCUGGAGUUUCCUGACACGGCUCCUGGAGGAGAUCAACAACCACUCGACCUUCGUGGGCAAGAUCUGGCUGACCGUCCUCAUCGUCUUCCGCAUCGUGCUGACGGCCGUGGGGGGAGAGUCCAUCUACUACGACGAGCAGAGCAAGUUCGUGUGCAACACGCAGCAGCCGGGCUGUGAGAACGUCUGCUACGACGCCUUCGCGCCCCUGUCCCACGUGCGCUUCUGGAUCUUCCAGAUCAUCAUGGUGGCGACGCCGUCGGUGCUCUACCUGGGCUUUGCCAUGCACCGCAUCGCCCGCAUGCCCGAGGCCUCGCGGCGCCGGCCGCCGGCAGCCCGGCGGGCGCGCAUGCCCGUGGUGCGCCGGGGAGCCGGGCGAGACUACGAGGAGGCGGAAGAUGACAAUGAAGAAGAUCCCAUGAUCUUUGAGGAGAUCGAGGUGGAGAAGGAGAAGAGCCCGGAGGGCGGAGAGAAGCACGAUGGCCGGCGCCGUAUCAAGCAGGACGGGCUGAUGCGUGCCUAUGUGCUGCACCUGCUGUGCCGCUCCGUGCUGGAGAUGGUGUUCCUCUUCGGGCAGUACCUGCUCUACCGCUUCGAGGUGAGCCCCUCCUACGUGUGCAGCCGCAGCCCCUGCCCACACACUGUCGACUGUUUUGUCUCCCGCCCCACUGAGAAGACCAUCUUCCUCCUCAUCAUGUACGCUGUCAGCGGGCUCUGCCUCUUCCUCAACCUCUGCGAGCUCUUGCAUCUUGGCGUGGGGCGUAUCCGUGAUGCCCUGAGCCGAGCCGAUGGCCCCCCACUCCCAGCUGGCGACAGCCCUGCGCCACAAUACCCCAAGAAAGCCCCCAGCGCCCCCCCCACCUACCACUCCCUGAAGAAGGAGCUGCCGCAAGCCCCGCUGACCAGCAGCAAGCUGGACUACCGGGAGAGCCUGGCCCAGGGGCGCUUCGCCCUGGCUGGAGCUCCCCCGGUGCACGAGCUGGACCGGCUGCGUGAGCACCUGCGCCUGGCCCAGGAGCACCUGGAGGUGGCCUUCCACCUGCAGCCCCCACCACGGCCCCCCAGCCCUGCCCGCAGCAGCAGCCCCGAGGCCAACGGCAUCGCCGCCGAGCAGAACCGCCUCAACCUGGCCCACGAGAAGGGGACCGCCGCCUGCGACAGGACCACGGGGCUGUGAGUGUCGCCAGGGACGACAGCGGUGUCUGCCGGAGUGGCUGCCGCUGCCACCGUGGGAUAGGCGUCCUGCCAGGAGCACAGGGCAAAGGAUGCCACACGCCUGCCCAGCGGGGCAGUCUGGACAGCCCUGUCCCGGUGGGCAGCAGAGGGGUCGGGGGCCAUGGGGUUCAUUCCUACUUAAUUUUCAAAAAGGGAAUAUCUUAUUUUUGUACGUUUUAUAAACUCAUCAACAUGUGCACCCUGGCAUUUUUAUACUCCAUCCCAAUCUCCACUCUGGCCCUGUGCCCCCCCAUCUCCUGUUUCACCCACUUUUCCUCCUCCCACACCCAUUUUCCCCAGCAUGUUGUUUUCACACCUCCCUGUGCCCCCCAUGCCCUCUGCCACCCGUGUCAGCACUGGCUGGUGCUGUGCAUGUGCUGGUGAUUUUGGUACUGUUCCCUGAGGUGUGGGGGACUUAGGGGAGCAAGCUAGGGGUCUGGCUGGCCGGGCCAACUGUGGGACAGAGGGCUGGGCUGGCAUUACUUUGGAGGCGGUGGGAGAGGUUCUGGUGGCACUGCACUGCCAGAAAGUGACUUUGUACCUUGGGGGGCCGUGCUGCGCAGCAUCCUGGCACGGGGCUGUGAGUUGCGUGGCUGGCCUGCUUGGAAAUGUCUGUGCAGAGGUCAGGGGCUGUUGUUCCCACUGCCUCCGCCCUGUCCUGGCAGGCCGCCCUUGGACCAAAACUUGUCUCCUCCCACUCUGGCUGCAGGGCUGGGACCCCCUGCACGGAGCCAGACCCUGGCCUCACAGUGGGGACGUGGUGCCCCGAGCUGGGCUCGGCCGGGAGCCAGUGGAGCAUUCCUCAUCAUCUCAGCCUGGGUCACAUGGGGACUUUUGUAGCGUUGUUUUUUACU